UUUAAUAUCUUCUUCCAACUCCCGGCCAAACUAAUCUCCCUAAAUCCACUCCCUUCAAAACCGUUUCCCGAUUAAUUGCUCACGUCGAGGAGAAUUUAGUGUACUCAUCCUGCAUUCCUCUCGUCUUCUAGGUUUAUUUGCUUCUUUCGAUUAGAGUGCUUCCCUUGUCAGUUAUGUUUUAUUUUAUUUCUUCCCCUAUCUUCCUAAUUUUCAUAUAUUGUAACUAUCAGUAACUAACAAACAGGAAAAUUAAUAAUGGAGUUUUACUUGUGUUAGUCUUGCUUCUGUUUAGUAUAUUCCAAUUGAAAUUAUCUUCUCCCUCUUCGGUAUUCUUGCGACAUUUGGGUUAUGAAAACCAAAUAUAUGAUCGAAUUCUCUAUUUUCUACAAUUAUAUUCUAAAGUUGUCAUUUGGUAACAUUAUUAUACCAAGAUUUGUUAGAUCAUGAGAACAUAUUAAUUUUUACAUUAGUUUUUCAUACGAAACUGUUAAAAAAAAGUAACAAUUGUCCUCUGGUUGAAUUUUGAAAUUCAUUGUUUUAUAUGUUAUAAAGCAUAGAGGAGUUCACAUGCCAAUUUUGAUGAUCUGCAACAAAAUUUUUACAUGUGCAUCAUUUGUCAUUUACCGUAUUUUAAAUGUAGAUUUUGUAGCAUAGUACCAUUUUUAUUGCCUUAAUGAUUCAUUAACACUUGUUGUCUUUGGGAAUCAUACUUCCUGAUUUUAUCAAAAUCAUUAUUAGUUUUGCUGUGCCCUGGUUGUCUAUGGGUUAACCUUGCCUACUAUAUCAUCUUCUGUGAACAUUAUUUCAACCACAUCAUACCUAGUUGUAAAAUCAACAUAAUGAAAUGGUCCCAUUUUAUGUUUCGUUCUCUUACUAUGUGUAUAUGGUGCAGCUAGCAGGAAAACAAGGCCACACAAACUUAUGCUAAUAUAUUUCUUUCGAUACAUCUUCUGGUGAGAUUUUAUAUAUUUGUGAUAUUAAUGUUAGGAGGAAUAUACAGGAAAAGCUCCAUGCUUACUCAUACUAAGGAUCAUGACGGAAAGACAUUCCUAGAUGACAAAGCGAAAAAAGUUCAUUAUUUUAUUGAGUCUAGACGUGCGGAUUUGAAACUAUUAGAAGAGGAAGUUGAUGAAAAUGAGUUGUUUUAUACAACUGUUGGAGGACAUGACUAUAUAAGAAGAAUUUAUGGGCUUGACUCAUAUGGCAGAUCCAUUUUUCAUGUAGAUUAUUCUAAAGCAUGCACUUCACCAGAUACAAAUUCCGAGAAACAUCAUCUCGAGACCAAGAUCCAAAAGCUAGAGGAAACUAUAGUGCAACAAAGAAGCGACUUGGAUGAAGUGAGAAACACGAUCAAUAAUAUGAGAAACGUGAUUAGCUAGUGAUAUCUUCUUUAAUUGUUCGUUUAUCAUUUGUAGCUACAUUUUAGGUUUUAAAUAAUUAGUCUCACAUUUUGGACAAAGUACGAAAACAUUGGAUGAUACCAUAUUUUUAUUAAGAAUUUAUGUAGCUUUGUUUUAUUUUAUUUUGCAUUUUCAUAAUGUUUGUUGUGAGAAAAU